AUGGUGUCGGUAACUGUGCGCCUGCGGGACCCCCGGGGAACCAGGGUCUUGCAGAUCGAUGAGAACCAAACUGUGGAAGGAUUGAAGGCGCUUCUCAAGGAGCAGACCGGUUUGAAGUCGUUCCGGAUACUGCGGGGCUUUCCACCAAACCUGCUGAUCGCAGCGCCUGAGGAGCGAGUCGGCAACGUGUUGGAAAGCGGUGACCUUCUUACUAUCGAGGCCGCACAGCAGCAGGAGCAGGACGUUUAUAGCGCCGCCAGUGGUAGCGGUAGUGCCGGCAGUAGUGGUUUUGGUGCCUAUGGCGCUGAUCGUAGUAUACACGACCCGGCUUGCCAGGAAGCGUCCACGCAGGCCGGCCCCAGCCCGGUACGUUCAGCAGUCGCGUCACCACACAGGCCGCUUGCAGCGACAGCGCCGAGCUUUGAACGCGUCGUGGUCCCCGAUGACAACAGUUGCCUCUUUCGGGCGGUCGCGUUUGUGUUGAAACAGCUGCUGGGAGGCAUCGAAUUGUUACCGGAAGAGCUCCGAGAGCUGGUCGCCCAGGCAGUUGCGGCCGAUCCUUGGACCUACAAUGAUGCUGUUCUUGGUAAAACGAAUGAGGAAUAUCAGGACUGGAUUAAGCGCCCAACGAGCUGGGGCGGAGCUAUCGAGCUUGGCAUAUUUGCGAAUCAUUUUGGAGUACAGAUAGCGAGUUUUGAUGUUCGGACAACUCGAAUGGAUGUUUUCGGCGAAGCUGCAGCGUAUCCAUCCCGCGUAUAUCUCUGCUACGACGGCAUCCACUACGAUCCUCUGGCGCUGCGGUCCCACCCAGACGAGUCCACAGACGACCUUUUAACCGUAUUUCCCAGUAGUGACGGCGAAUCAGAGGCGCUAGCAGCCGAGCUGAUUCAAACGCUGCACGCGAGCCGUUCCUUCACAGACACAGCAAACUUUCUCGUCACAUGUCGAGAAUGCGGAGCCCAGCUUCGCGGUGAGGCGGGAGCUCUCGAACAUGCACGCAGCACUGGACACGCAGGCUUCAUCGAGCAAUGA